AUGCCACUGACAGACGAUUCAGGAGGUCUUAUGAAAAUAGGCAAUUUGCUAGAUCAACAGCUUUCGGUUAGUCACCUUUCCAGACACGAAAUGCUUCUAUUCAUUACAAAUGGACCACACGGACGUACCAUACCGGGCACAUCGGAGCGGCAGUAUAUCUCAAAUUCAAGGUCAUGGGUGCCUAGCGGACUGAAUCAGGCUGUGCGUAACAAAAUGCAAGAAGCUGUCAAAACUGUAGAUGUAGUCACCACGGAGGACUCCAUGCAGACCUUCUCGGUCUUUUUAAUGGAAAUCGCAAACCAGCCGUACAGUGCUCUCUCCAUUAAAGACACACUACUUGCUCGACUAAUACACAAUCGAGCAAAAUGCGUCAUAGUACUAUUCGACUACCGCUUCGCCAAGUCGAACGAACUGUUAACCCACAUGGAGACAGUGGCAACAGUUGUAGAGAGUGGCCACCUGGAUAAACUGCACUUGUUUGUGAGCUUCGACGAAGAGGCUGGUAGUGAAGAGAAGGUUAAGGAGGCGCUAGGUCACUUUGACGAUGCACUACACGCGGCCUUUCACGGCAGGGAAUACGAAAACGAACUUUUCAGUCUAAAGUUCCAACCACUCAAGGUUCCCAGCGAUGCUAGAUUGGUGGCGCAUCUGCUGGGAGGCAAUGAGAAACUUGUCGCCUCCUUUCUCAGUGAAAUCAGAAAACACACUUUCGAUUUCGACAACAUGUUCCAAGACACGGAUGAUAUUUCAGAAUCAGAUCGCGGAGUUGAAACGCUACGCGUUAUUUUGGAUGACGUUAGACACCGUAAACUGAAUAGUUCGGUAGAAAAACUAGAACGCGACGUUGACCUCUUGUACAGCGUUUCAAGCAGGCAUAUGCGGGAGGACCGCAGCAAGGAGAUUACAAAUAUUAUCGCCUCGUGCCAUGGUGAGGAUAGAUUUCUACAACCUCCAUGGUAA